AGGAAAAAAAGUAUCUGUUGCAAGCAAUCUAAGGUGCUAUCUGGCAACGAUAUAAGUCAUCAGUGUUGCGUAUCAGCAACAGCAGAUACAGUCGACGGCGGCGACUCGUGCGGUGAAGUCGGCAUCUCUGUAACGAGUCCCUUGCAACGAUGAACCUCGUGGGCGUGGCGCGGAGGGCGGCAGGGGGAGGUGGCGGGGUAGGCCUCAGACAGCUGGCGCGGGCGACGUCGACCUCCGCCUCGGGACGCCAGACUCACGCCGUCGCCGCCGCCCCUGCCUUCGAGGGCGAGAGGGUGAGGCCACGUCCCUUGUCUCAGGUCCCCGGCCCGCCUAUCGUCCCCGGCUUGGGCUCCAUUCCGGCCAUGAUGAUGUACAAAGAGUUCUACCAGCAGAAGAUCCACCAGGUGUUCUUCAGGAUGAUCGACCAGUACGGCCCGAUAGUCCAGAUCAAGAUGCCGAACUGGUCCCGAGGCGUCCUCGUGACGCGCCCCGAGGACAAGGAGACCGUCCUCAGAGCCACCAAGGACAACCCCCUUAGGAAUGCACUUCCGUCUCUCAAGAAAGUCAGGGACGAGGCGAUGGAAAAUUUCUUCGACAAGAACGGCGGUCUGCUGACGGAGCAGGGCGACAAGUGGUGGCGCGUGCGCAGAGGCGUCCAGACGCCGAUGAUGAGACGCAAGAACGUCGAGGCUUAUUUGCCGGAGGUGGACGCCAUUACGCUGCAGUUCAUAGAGAGGAUGGCGUUUUUCCAGAAGGAGUUUGGAGAAAUGCCCGACAACUUCCUGCAGGAGAUGUACAAGUGGGCACUCGAGUCGGUGAGCGUGGUGGCGCUCAGUCGGCGUCUGGGCUGCCUGGACCCCGCCCUCGCGCCGGACUCCGAGCCCUUGAAGAUCAUCCAGAUCGUCGGCGACCUCUUCAGGACCCUCAACGACUGCGAGUUCACGGGUCCCCUUUGGAGGAUCUACCCGACGCCCACCUUCAAGAAGUUGGGGCGGAUGCACCAGGAACUCCUCGAGAUGGCCUUGACCAACAUCAGGGCCACGGAAGCGUCCCUGAAGGAGGCCCUGGAGAAGCCCGGGGCCGAGGAGAGGGAGCUCACCCUGAUGGAACAGCUGCUUCUCAGGCCCGAGCUCAGCCACAAGGACGUCGUCACCUUGAUUCUGGAUAUGAUUUUCGCCGGUAUUGACACGACUUCCCACACCAUGGCCUUCGCACUCUACCUCCUGGCGAAGAAUCCUGAAGCCCAGAGGAAGCUUCAGCAGGAGGUGGAUGAGGUUCUGAAGGACAACCCUAAAACCCUGACCCCGGCUCACAUAGCGAAGCUGUCUUACGCCAAGGCAGUCGUGAAGGAGAGUCUAAGAUUUUUCCCUGUCGCGAUGGGCUUCAUGAGAGAGCUCAGCUCCGAUGUCGUAUUGUCAGGAUAUCAGAUCCCUAAAGGAUCCUCAGUCUUGAUGCUCAACUACGAGGACACCCAGAAGGACACGGCCUUCCCUCGGCCGCAUGAGUUCCUGCCGGAGCGCUGGCUUCGAGGGAACGACCUGGCCGCCUCCCACGCCUUCGCCCUCCUCCCCUUCGGCGCCGGGACCCGGAUGUGCGUCGGGCGGCGUCUCGCGGAGCAGGAAAUGUACGUCUUCUUGGCCAGGGUGAUGCAGAGAUACACAGUGAACUACAACUACGGUGACAUGGACAGCACGAUGCAGCUGAUCCUCAAGCCGUCGCAGCCACUGAAGUUUUCCUUCACGGAGCGGCGAGCAUGAGAGAGAAGGCCGCGGAGGAGAACCAAGAAAGAAUUAACUCGAGUAGGUCGUAAGUGUGGAAGAAAAAAGGAAGUGAUACGGAUAGAAGGCAGAAAGCAAUGACCAUCAAUCAUACAAUGCAGUUUAUGUAGUUACUGUGAGUAUACGCAUAUCUAUAUCUAUCUAUCUAUCUAUCUAUCUAUGAAUGUUUGUAUGCAUAUAUGUAUAUACGAAAUCACUAUAAUAACUCCAAUGAGACAUAAACUAGACAGCUCUGAUGCCCCAAUUCCAAAAAGACCUUCUAGAUGUAUAAGCUAUAUAGAUAUUAGUAUUGAUCUAGACUGGCUCAUGAAUACGGCUCUUGGAUAGUUGUCUACUAAAGAGAGAGGUUUAAUGACUGUGUGAUGGUAUGUCCUUUGUAUUCAUCCACUUCAAUCAGGUGUUUCGUAGUUGUUUUUUGUGCAAAGGGUUAGAGAAGGAAUGCAAUGAAAUCCUAUGGCUGUUUCGUCCUUGCGUCAGAAAUCGGCUGAUUAGCUUUUGAGGGAAUAGAAUGGGUAGGUUAUGGGUUAAGAACAGAAAAGGAAUAGAUUAUAUAGAAGAAGUGGUUGGUAAGGAUUAGACUGUCCCUCCAUGACACCUUCUGUAGUUGGUCUACAGAAGCGGUGAUUGUUCUAGACUGAUGAGUUGAGCUCUUCUCGACACGCACGCGGAUUUUGUUUUAUAAGUGUGAGUAGUCAUGCUCGGUCAUGCGAUUCAGUCAUAAAGGAUGCUAGGGUACAUGGCCGGCAUCAUACACACACAUUACAUGUCCAAACACACGCGCGCGCGCACACACACACACACACACACACACACACACACACACACGCGCGCGCGCGCGCGCGCGCGGGCACAUAUAUAUGUGUGUGUAUGUGUAUGUUUGUAUGUGUGUGUGUGUUAUUACUAUAUUAUUAUUAUUAUUAUCAUUAUCAUUAUUAUUAUAUUAUUUUCAUUAUUAUUUCUAUACUGUCAUUACUACAUUUUUUUUUUCAUUAUUAUUAUUAUUAUCAUUAUUAUUAUUAUCGUUAAUACUGUUAUUGCCAUUACUAUUGUUAUUACUGUUAUUGGUAUUAUUAUUAACUUCAUUAUUUAUAUUAUUAUUAGUAUUACUGUUAUUAUUAUUGUUGUUGUUGUUAUCAUUAUUAUUAUUAUUAUUAUCAUUAUUAUUAUUAUUAUUAUCAUUACUAUUAUCAUUAUCAUUAUUAUCACUAUUAUUAUUAUUAUUAUUAUUACUAUUAUUAUCAUUAUUAUUAUUAUUAUUAUUAUUAUUAUUAUUAUUAUUAUUGUCAUUAUCAAUUUUAUUAUCAUUAUCAUUUUUAUUAUUAUUAUUGUUAUCAACAUCAUCAUCAUCAUCAUCAUCAUCAUUAUCGAUAUUAUUAUCAUCAAGCUUAUCUUUACUGAUAUUCUUGUUAUUGUUGAUAUUAUUGGUAUUGUAAGUUGUAGUAACUGUAAUAUCGUUAUUAUUAUAUCUAUUAAUAUUGUUGUUCCCAUCAACCUUAGUAGUAAAAGUAAUAGUAAUAAUGGUAGUUGUAGAAUCUUUAUUAAUAUCACUAUCAUUAUCAUUAUCAUUCCUAUUUUAAGACCACUAAUGUCAUUAUUAUCACUACUAUUUUGCUUUUAUGAAUGUUAUUACUGUCAUUAUUAUUGUCGGUAUCUUAUUCUUAUUGUUAUUGGCGUUUACUAUUACUGCCACUGCUAUUACUAUUCUUAAUAUCUUUGAUUCUAUGACCUUUAUCAGCUUCUUCUCCUUUGUCUUGACUAUUAUCAUCAUUUUGUUUCAUUGUUGACUAUGACACCAUUAUUACUACUGUGAUUGUUGCCUAUUUUUUCGUAGUAGUAGUAUUGUAAUUAUUAUCAUUGUUAUCAUUAUUAUUAUUAUUAUUAUCAUUGUUAUCAUCAUUAUUAUUAUUAUAAUUGUUAUUAUUAUUGUUAUCAUUAUCUUUCUUAUUACUAUUAUCAUUAUCAUUAUUAUCAUAAUUACUGUUGUUGUUAUUAUUAUUAUUGUUAUUGUUAUUAUAAUUAUUAUCUUUAUUAUUAUUAUCAUUAUCAUUAUCAUUGUUUUUAUCAUCACUAAAGCAUUUUUGUCUCUUUCUGUUUGUAUUAUUAUCAUAUUACUUAACUUCAAGAUUAUUACAAUUAUUGUUAUAAGACUUCCACCUUCUUAUAAGAAGGAUAGUGCGGGAGGAGGAACUCCAGAUCAAAUGCUGCCGACAGAUUGUAUGAACCAGGAUGUGUCUUUCCCUUGUGAAAUAUGCAAGCAACCGAA